AUGAUGGAGGACUGCAACGACACCACCAUUACGAUACCCUCUCUUCAAUUCCUCUCCCGUUAUCUCAGCCCCGCAGACGCGGACGGUUUCAACGCUGCCUUUCCAAAGGACAAGGUCGCCGAGAUCCAUGCCACGUUCAAAGCCCUCAUGAAGACUCCCAAAGACCCGCUUCCCAAGGAGUCGGAACUCAGCAAAACUUGGGUAAGUGGCUGGUAUCUAUGUGGCCUAAAGGGGUCACGACUCACCGACACCUCUCCCCAGCGCGACAUCGACAAAAAUAUCGCGCGGUUAUGCGACGAGGACCAUUUCUUCCACCUCUCUGAGUCGAAGGCAGACCGAGACGACGAUGGCAAGAACAAGAUCGACGCGAGCUUCCUUCCGAAGAACCUCAUGGAGUGGUACGAGAAGGAUUCCGCCAACUUCGCCAUCCAGACCAUGUCGAUCGAGUUCAAGCGCGGUGGUUCGAAAAAUGAUCCCUUCGACGAUCGCGAGGACUGUGACAACGAGUCUAUCGCGUUGUCGCGCAAGUUGGUCCGAGGUCAGCUCAUGGCCUAUUCCGCCCGCCUCUUCAAUACACAGCAUCGCAAGUGGCACUUCCAGCUCCUCGUCAACGGUCGCGAGUUCCGCUUUCUCCGAUGGGACCACUCUGGCGUGAUCGUCACUGAAGCAGAAGACUACGUUACCACCUUGGAGGACACCGAGCAUCUGCUCAAGAUGCUGUACGGGUUCUCGAGGCUCGACCGCAGCGGCAAGGGCUACGACGAUACCGUCGAGGAACUGUCCAACACCUCCGUCGGAUGGUCGCGCAUGGACCAACUAUCCGAUCCCCACCCCGACGACGUCAAGCCGAACACGCGCGAGGCUAGCACCAAGUAUCCGAUCGCCGCCGAGUUCCAUCCAGACAUCGCAAAGGAGCGCGUCGACAAAUGGUUGAGAGACAAGGUCUUCCACGCCGACCCCAGGUGCAAAGACCACAGGACGAAGAUGCCGCCGGAGACCCACAUGCCCGACUUGCGCUACCUCCCCACUUUCGACUACAUUCGCAAGAAGUUCAAGAACUCGAUCGCGGCUGGCAAUCGUCGUUACAUCGUCAAGAUUGACGGCAGGAUAUUCCUCAUAGGCUCUCCGGUCUUCGUCGCGUUCGGUGUGGUGGGACGUGGCACUCGCGGGUUCAUAGCUCUCGAGUGGUUGACGCAGCGCUUCGUCUUCAUCAAGGAUACCUGGCGCCCCUUCUACGUUGGCCUGCCGAGCGAAGGCGACAUGCUCAACAAGCUCAACGAAGGCUCCGUCCGCAACGUCCCCACCCUGGUUUGUUACGAGGACGUCCCCGGCCACGAGACGGAGACGUCGCAUUACUCUCCGGUCACUGGCGGCAACCGGCGCACGGUUGACCUCAAUAUGCGUAGGCCACGCCCGGUGGUCCCCGAUGACGCGCAGGCUGCAUCCACACAGAAGAAACGCGGCACCGCCCCGCGCGCGGCCCGACCCCUUCCCUCCACCCCUCGCCGCCGACAGCCCGCGUCCGCCGAGACACCUACGAAGAGCGCGUACGCCGAAAAGCAUGCCAAGAAAGCGAAAGAAGUGAAGUCCAAGUUCAUCCAGGGCACAAGAUUGCGCCAUAUGGUGCACCAUCGCGUGGUCGUCGAGGAGGUCUGCAAGGAUUCGAUCGCAUUCACCUCGGGACAUCAGUGGGCGAGGACGAUCCUUCAAACCCUCUACGCUCACAAAGACGCGGUCGAGCAUUGCGACAUCAUGCAUCGCGACGUCAGCACCGGCAACAUCCUCAUCUAUCCCGUGAUCCUAUGGGGACCAGAGAAGAAAGCGCGAGGGGUCAGAAUGACGGGUUUGCUCACCGACUGGGAACUCGCCAAGGACACGAAGAUCGAGCACGCGCGCCAGCUCGCACGGACGGGGACCUGGCAAUUCAUCCCAGUCCGUUGCCUGCUGGACCCGCGGUCCCCGAUAAAGGUUGCAGACGAACUCGAAUCCUUCUUCCACGUGUUCCUCUACAACUCGGUCCGCCUCGUCCCUAGCAAUCUGCUCAAUGUUCAGCAUUUCGUAUGGUCUUACUUCGAUGCACGUGACCCGCACCCAACGAAGAAGGACGAAACCAGCGUUUCAGACAAGAAGCACGCUGCCAUUGUCGAGGGCAAAAUCACUACGAGCGUAGUGGAAGAACUCGCAUUCAAGUCUCCCGAACCUGAUACUCCCCAUCCUUUCAACGCACUCAUUGCUGAACUCUUGAAGUACUUCAAAUCCCGAUAUGCCGUUCGCCGUUGGACCGAGCGGGAGGCCCUGAACGUCGCGCUCAAGACUACCGACGCGAAGAAAGCCGCCAAGCCGCCGGCGCUGCCUGCGGUUCGCGUAAACCCCGAGUUUUGGGACAUAGACGAUGAUGAGCCUUCAGCCUCCGGUAGCACCGAGAAUGGGGAUUCCUCCCAGUCCGGCACCAUCACGUUCUCCGACGGCCCAGGCGCUCCGGGAAAGGAAGACCGCGCCCGUUCCGCUGCGCUUGACAAGCACGACACGAUCAUCGGCAUCUUCGAGCGCGUUGUCAUGCAGCGCGGGGUGAAGGAGGAGGACAAGGUGAUGUGGCCCAGUUUGAACGACCUGAUGGAGGAGGACGCGCUUGCGCAGUACGUACCGCCGGCUCGUCCGCGGAGAUCGAAGAGGGUUAGGACGGACCUGCUCCCUCCGGUCGCUGCUUGGACGAUGUCGACUGAAGACGAUGAGGUUGAUGACUCGCCGACGACCCGCGGUCGGAGAACCCGUGCUCCGCAGACCAUUACGCUGGGGUAG